AUGAGCACACCAACACCAUGCACCCCCCCGCCCGCCUGCCCAUCCAUCGGCACGCCCCCCACCUCCCCCAUUCACCCACCGGCACGCCCCCUCCCCUCGCCCGUCCAUCCACCCAGCGGCACGCCCCCCUCGCCCGUCCACCUACCCAGCGGCACGCCCCCCUCGCCCAUCCACCCACCCAGCGGCACGCUCCCCCUCGCCCGUCCACCCAGCGGCACGCCCGUCCCUCGCCCGUCCACCCAGCGGCACGCCCCCCCAUCACCCGUCCACCCAGCGGCACGCCCCUCCAUCGCAACCCUGCUGUCUCUGACCUACAGCAACCCUGCGGUCUCUGACCUACAGCAACCCUGCUAUCUCAGACCUACAGCAACCCUGCUGUCUCUGACCUACAGCAACCUACAGCAACCCUGCUGUCUCCGACCUACAGCAACCCUGCCGUCUCUGACCUACAGCAACCCUGCUAUCUCAGACCUACAGCAACCCUGCUAUCUCAGACCUACAGCAACCCUGCUAUCUCAGACCUACAGCAACCCUGCAGUCUCUGACCUACAGCAACCCUGCUGUCUCCGACCUACAGCAACCCUGCUGUCUCCGACCUACAGCAACCCUGCUGUCUCCGACCUACAGCAACCCUGCUGUCUCCGACCUACAGCAACCCUGCUGUCUCCGACCUACAGCAACCCUGCUGCUUCUGACGUACAGCUAUCUACAGCAACCCUGCUGUCUCUAUAG